AUGUCGGACAAGUUGACUAGAAUUGCUAUUGUCAACAGUGACAAGUGCAAACCAAAGAAAUGUCGGCAAGAAUGCAAAAAGUCCUGCCCCGUUGUCCGUACCGGCAAGCUGUGCAUCGAAGUCACUCCCGAGUCCAAAAUUGCAUAUAUCUCGGAACGUCUGUGUAUCGGUUGCGGUAUCUGCCCCAAGAAAUGUCCCUUCGGCGCCAUUCACAUCAUCAAUCUUCCAACCAAUCUCGAAACCCAGGUCACCCAUCGUUAUUCGGCAAACAGUUUCAAGUUGCACAGAUUGCCCAUGCCACGACCCGGCCAAGUUCUGGGUUUGGUUGGAACAAACGGAAUCGGCAAAAGUACAGCCUUGAAGAUUCUCAGUGGUAAACUCAAGCCAAAUUUGGGAAGAUACGACAGUCCGCCUGACUGGGAGGAGAUCCUUCGCUAUUUCCGUGGUUCAGAACUGCAGAAUUACUUCACAAAGGUACUCGAAGAUGACCUCAAGGCCAUCGUCAAGCCACAGUAUGUCGACCAACUUCCCCGAGCCAUCAAAGGCCCCGUCAAGACCGUCCGACCCCUCAUCGAAGCAAAAUCAGAACUUGGUAACAUGGAACAUAUCAUGGAUGUCCUUGAACUCAGAAAUGUCGCUGAUCGUGAGAUUGGUCUCUUGUCUGGUGGUGAAUUGCAAAGAUUUGCUAUUGCCUUGGUGGCAGUCCAAAAGGCCGAUGUUUACAUGUUCGACGAACCUUCCUCUUAUCUCGAUGUCAAGCAGCGUCUCAGUGCCGCAAAGACCAUUCGAGAACUCCUCCGUCCAGACGACUAUGUCAUCGUUGUAGAGCAUGACUUGUCCGUCCUCGAUUAUCUUUCCGACUUCAUUUGUGUGCUUUACGGUAGACCCGCCGUCUAUGGUGUCGUCACCCUUCCAGCCUCAGUCCGUGAAGGCAUCAAUAUCUUCCUUGAUGGCAACAUACCCACUGAGAAUCUUCGCUUCCGUGAGGAAAGCUUGACUUUCCGUAUUGCCGAGGCUGGUGAAGACUACAUGGUCGACAAGGCUCGUGGUUUCCAGUAUCCUGCGAUGAAGAAGACUCUUGGCGGCUUUCAUCUGAACAUUGAAUCCGGUUCCUUCACCGACUCGGAGAUCAUUGUUAUGAUGGGUGAGAACGGUACUGGCAAGACCACGUUCUGCAAAUUGCUCGCUGGACAAGAGAAGCCGGACGAAGAUUCCAAGAAAGUUCCCGCAAUGAACAUCUCUAUGAAGCCACAAAAGAUCACCCCCAAAUUCCAGGGUACUGUUCGUCAACUCUUCUUCAAGAGAAUCAAGGCUUCCUUCCUCAGCCCUCAAUUCCAGACCGAUGUUUACAAACCUCUCAAGAUCGACGACUUCAUUGAUCAAGAGGUGCAGAACUUGUCCGGUGGUGAAUUGCAACGUGUCGCUAUCGUCUUGGCACUUGGCUUGCCCGCAGACAUCUAUCUCAUUGACGAGCCAUCCGCCUACCUCGACUCGGAGCAGCGUAUCAUUGCUGCUCGUGUAAUCAAGCGCUUCAUCAUGCACAGCAAGAAGACGGCUUUCAUCGUCGAGCACGAUUUCAUCAUGGCCACAUACCUGGCUGAUCGUGUCAUUGUCUUUGAUGGCCAACCAUCCGUCAAUGCCCGCGCCAACACCCCGGAGUCCCUCUUGACCGGUUGCAACAAGUUCUUGAAGAAUCUUGAUGUCACUUUCCGUCGCGAUCCAAAUUCUUACCGUCCACGAAUCAACAAAUACCAGUCUCAAAUGGACCAGGAACAGAAGCUCGCUGGCAAUUUCUUCUUCUUAGAAGAAGAAAGUUAA